UGUAGAAAAUUGAAAACAUUACAGCUUUUUAGCUGUAAUCUUUUUUAUUAUUAGCUUAAAGAAUAUAGUUAAAUAAGAAAAAACUAAGCAAUAUUUUACAGUAAAAUGACUUCAGAAACACGUACAAUUUUAUCAGGAUUCAAGUAUUUGACUGGUGACAAUGAACAGCUUUGUAGGUUAUGUUUAGGUACAACAAAACGCCAAGAAAUGUCGUUCGAAGACGCUGUGAGGCUACAAAAGAGUUAUAUCGACGAAACCGUGACAUUAGGAGAAAUAUUUGAUAGCCUUGGUGGCUCCAGAGAAUCAGAAUUGCCAAAUGUACUUUGUAGUGAUUGUGCAAAGAUAGUUAUCAAUUCAUAUUUAUUUAAGAAGCUUUGUGAAUACUCCAACAAUAAGUGGAAUGAAGUCAUAGGUAGACUUGAAGAGAGUUUAAAUAAAGCUGAUAUUGUUGGGCAGAAUGUUAUGACUGUCUACAUUCUUGUAAAUCAAGAUGACAAUAUGAUACUUACAAGCAGAAAAAAUCACUUAACAAGAAACAGAAAAACAGUGUUAACAAAAAUAAAAAAUAUAUUAAAAAGCAGGCAGUCCUAUGUUAAAGGUAAAAAAAAGGUAAAUAAUGCUAUAAUAUGUGAAGAUUGUGGUGAGACAUUUGCAUCAAACUGUCUUCUAUCAAAACAUAACAUGAAAGUACAUCACAAAAAUAAGAAUCUUUGUCUCCAAUGCUCAAAAGUUUUUGCAACACCACUCCAAUUAGAGGAGCAUGCGGAAAGAGUUCAUUAUCCAAAGAAAAUACAAUGUUCAAAAUGUAAUAAAAUGUUCAGCACAGAAAGGAUGUUAAAAUAUCAUGACAAACUACAUCACAUAGCUGCUAUUUGUAAAUUAUGUUUUGUUCAGUUUCCCUCUAAAAAGGAUUUAAGAGCUCAUUUAUACAAGCAUGAUGUGAAUAAAUGCCCAAAGUGCAGUAAGACAUUUCUAAAUAAAUAUACAUUUAGAUUUCAUCUGAAAAUAUGUGGCAACACUGAAGAGAAGCAACCCAGUUUCUUCUGUGACAUUUGUAAGAAGGGAUAUGUUCGUAAAAAUGGUUUAAAAACUCAUUUGAAGACCGACCAUGGAUUUGGGAAUGUGCUAUCAUGCAAUUGGUGUGGUAAGAAAUAUGAUGCUGUAAGUCGAUUGAGGAAUCAUAUUGUAAAACAUACCAAAGAGAAAAACUUCCAUUGUGAUCAGUGUGGUGGGAAAUUUGUAACACAAGCUGCUUUGGUGUAUCAUAUAAGGCUUCAUACAGGGGAAAGACCAUUUCCUUGCAACUUAUGUGAUGAACGCUUUUUGUCAGCUUCCAGAAGAAUGGACCACAAGCGCCGAGUACAUUUUGGUCCAACAAAGGAGUGCCCAGUCUGUCAUGUGAUGUUUGUUACUGGGAGUAGAUUGAGAAAACAUGUCCAAAAACAUUAUAAUCCACAUAGUAAACUUUAUGUUUUUGAUGUUAACAAAGAACAGAAAGAAAACUGUAAUUAUGAACAAUAGAUGUGCAAUCCAGAUUGCACAAAUUAUGAUAUAUAAGGGGGAAGUCACCCAAGAUGCCUAUGCUUUACAGUACAAGCUUUAUAG